CUGUCGCGGCGUGGAGGCGGGAUGCAGCACGCGGGAGCGCGAGACGCGAGCGGCGAAAGCAGAGGCGGCGUCGGGAGGUUGGGGAAAAGUGAAUAGGGGCGCCUGACAGGGCGGCCCCACUCGUCGGUGGACAAAGGAAAGGUGGGGGGUGGAGUGGUGCUGGGCCAGUUGUGGGCUGGCUCAGUUGGGCCGCACAAGGGGGUGCGAGGAAGGCCAAAAGGCCAGCCGGGUCAGGUUGUGUGCAGGCCAUAUUUGACCUUUGGUUUUUGUUUUGCAGCUGGGUUUGGAUCGGGUUUGGGCUGGACCGAACUGUGUUGGGUUUGGAUGGGACCUGGGUUCGGUCUGGGUUAGGGCUUGGUGAUGGGUCACAACGGGCUAGGUUAGCGGGUCAGGUUUAGAGUUUGGAUUUAAUUUGAAUGACUUAAUUCAAAUUAAAUCCCACACAGAUGUUAGUUCUUGAAACAAUUUCACACAAUAAAAUAAAUCCAAAUCGAAUUCGAAUUAAAAUUCAAUAACUCCAAAUAUUUCCACACUAGCAAUUAACAAUCUUAAUUAUAUUAGAAGUUUUUAAUUACUAGGAUUUUUUUAGGAGGCAGAAAUCCUAUUUAAGUUGAUAUUUACAGCAUUGCCACGGAAAUUUUUUGAAAUUCAUAUUUUUCGACUUUAUAACAUUCCAAAAAAAUUCGAGAUGUUACACCCGGCAUCGGAUGAAGGCGACUCCGGCGGGUGUUGCCCCGGCGCCGCACGUGAACAGCGGCGGCGGCGCGGUGCUGGAGCGGCCGGCGUUCGACCAGUCGCAGCUCGAGGCGCUCCCCGUCGCGGAGGAAGGAGGGGACCCCGGGAGGCUCAAGGACGGGAGGCGCUCCGGGAGCGGCGACAGCUACAAGGUCUUGCUCGUCGACGACGUGCGCCACACCGAGCAGCACGUGGAGAAGGCCUCGCCGCAGGUGGUGCCAUCCAUCACCGCCGAGGCAGCUCGGCAGCUCUUCCACGAGUCCCGCCUGAAAGGCGUCGCGGUUGUCAUCGUCGCCGUCAAGGAGCACGCCGAGUUCUACGCGCAGAUGAUGGCUCGUCAGGGGCUCCGCUCUGCCAUCGAGCCUGAGGCUGUGUUUAGUUACCACGAAAUACACUGUAUCACGGGGUGAAAAAUACUGUAGCGCACUGUAGCAUGUUUCGAUUGUUUGUGGUAGAUAUUGUCCUAUUAUGACCUAAGUAGACUCAAAAGAUUCGUCUCGCAACGUACAUCAAAACUAUGCAAUUAGUUUUUUUAUUUACCUACUUUUAGUACUCCAUGCAUGGUCAUUUGCUAUAUUUAAUGUUUCGAUGUGAUGGAAAUGUGAUGUUUUUGUGGGGAUUUUUGAGGGAAGCCUGGAUCGGACCUGGCGAGCUGAGCGCCGUCCUCUGCUAUAGUAGCUUCCAUUGCUGUAGCCAGUAGUACUUGGAAGGAAGAGACCUAAGCAAUCGUAUAUCUGGUGUGUGUCAGAUCUACUUCCAAAAAUUGAAGAUUUUGUCAGCCAGUUUCAGACAUCCAAGGUUCUGCAGAUUUUGUCACUUAAUGUUGCAGCAAUUGAGGAUGGUGUACUUUAAACAGACCGUUAUAGUUGUAUGCUAUUAUUCAACCAUUAUUUAUACACACUUUUAUGGGAUAUUUGAUUAUCCCUACUUCCGACGAACAUUAACACGUGGUGUUGAUUAUUUUGUUAAA